AGCCUGUAAAGAGUGCUCAGGCGUGCCUGUUCUUUUAUUUUCUUGAUUUUGCAGUCACUGUGCAAACAGCUAGGAAAACAGCGGCUCUUGAAGUCACAGAAACGGCUCCAUUCGUAAGAUAUUACAACAUGUCUGACCCGGAAUCAAGGCAGCCCGAGGAGCUCUCUCAAGAACUGGCUCUUAAGGACCCUGUCGCUGUGGCAAAUGGACCACAGAUCUGUGAAGAAGAGAGUAAGAGCCUAGGAUUGAAAAACGAAGGGGAACUUCCAUCAGAACUGGAACGAAAAGAUAGCUGCAACAGUGAAGAAGUGGGGGAGAUACUGCCUAAGAAUGAAUCCAGGGAAGAGCCACCAGGUGACCCUAGUUCAGUGGGCGAAGAAGAAAUUCUUUGUGACUUCUGCUUGGCUGAGAAGGUGCGGGCGGUGAAAUCUUGUUUGACUUGCAUGGUAAAUUAUUGCCAGGACCAUGUGCAGCCUCACCUGGAGAAUGCCAAACUACAGACCCAUAAACUUAUGGACCCGCUGAAGGAUGUUGACAUAGAGAGCUGUGAGGCCCACAGGGGCCACCUCAGUUGGUUCUGCCAUGCUGACCUGGCUUGUGUCUGUGAGGAGUGCCUUGCCGAUGGACACAAAGGGCAUCAAGUGGUGUCUUGUGAAGCAGCGAGAAAGGAAAAGGAGCUUGAACUUCUUCAGCUCCAAGCAGAAUAUGACUGGAAACUGAAGUCGGUUGGAAAUGUGAUUGUUAAACUGCAGAAGAAUUCCGAAUCUAUAGUGAGUUCAGUAUCUGAAAUGAAAACCUUGGUGGAAGAAAAGUUUGAAGAGCUUCUUCUAGCUGUCAAGAAGACUCAGUCUUUUGUGUUGGCUUUCCUAGAGGAAAAGGAGCGCGCUGCAGUUAACCAUGCUAACGGAAUAAAGAUCCACCUUGAGAACAAGCAGGUUGCAAUGGAGGAGUGCAAGAACAGGCUGGAGAAGAUGGCCACACACACCAACGACAUCAUCUUCCUCAAGGAAUACUGUGAAUUCAAGAAAAGUGCAGGAGAUGACACCCUACCCAGCGUGUAUAUUGGCCUCAAGGACAAGUUGUCUGGGAUCCGGAGAGUGCUCUCAGACUCCACGGAACAUCUUCUACAGCAGCUGAAAACGUCCUAUAAAGACAAGUUGCAGGAAUUCGCCAAAGAUGAGGAUGCUGGCAUAAAGGUGUCUGCAGUUGUCUCAUGGAAGCACCGCUUGUCAGCUCCAGAACCUCAAAGCAGGAGUGACUUCCUCAAAUAUAUAUGCCCAAUAACAUUUGACCCAGUUACUGCUCAUCGUUAUUUGAGGCUCUUGGAUGAGAACCAUAAGGUUACCAACACGACGCCAUGGGAGCACCCUUAUCCAGAUCACCUGGAGAGAUUUGAGCACUGGCGCCAAGUGCUGUCAGACAAAAGCCUCUAUAUCGGCCGCUAUUACUUUGAAGUGGAGGUCUCUGGGGCUGGCAUUUACAUUGGUAUGACGAACAAAAGCAUUGACCGGAAAGGGUCAGAGAGCAACAGCUGCAUCUCAGGGAAUAACUUCUCUUGGUGCAUUAAGUGGAAUGGCAAGGAGUUCUCGGCUUGGCACAGUGAUGUGGAGACCCCAUUGAAAAGCCAGGGAUAUCAGAGGAUAGGAGUCUACCUGGACUACCCCAGGGGAACCCUCUCCUUUUAUGGCGUUGCUUCUGAAACCAUGACUCUCUUGCAUAAAUUUGAGUGCAAGUUUACUGAGCCUCUUUACCCAGCCUUCUGGUUGUCGAAGAAGGAAAACACGGUGCGGAUUGUCAAGUUGCGGGAAGAGGCUGAGCAGAAGCCACCACCUCCGCUUUCCUUGGGAGAGGCAGCUUCAUCCAGUACAGUGUCGGCACUGGAGGCUGAAGCAGUGACAAAUACGAAGACUCUGGACUCAGGAAGGAACCCAUGAAUGGAUGAUUGCCUCAUUGGCAGUAGCUGCUCGCUUGUGUGCUAUUGGUUUAUCAUCACAUACAUUGUUGUUGUAGGUUUUUCAGACUGUCUGGCCGUAUUCUUGAGGCUGCACCUCAGGAACAUGGCCAGACAGCCUGAAAAACCUAAAACAACCAUCACAUGAAAGCCUUCGAGAAUACAAAUAAAUUGUUCUUUAUACAGUGAAGAAUUUAAAAUGCUUAUUAGGUCUUUAACUAUCACUUUAAAAAGAGGAAACAAAACAAUGAGUGGUUAAUCCUUCCCUUUCAUGGCUGAGUUGGCUUUAUUUAGAAUUAGUUUCCUCCUGAGGGAAGCAUACUGGAGUGUUUUAUUUUUUUAAAUUGUACUAACUUACAAAUCAGGAUGAGGGAGCUGGUUCUCCAUAGGAAAUUGAAAGGAAACCUUACACUGAAAUGGUGGGUGGGGAAGAGGGCUCUCAAUUUCUCUCUACAUUAGGGUUACACAUGUACCACAAGAUUUGAACCAGACCCAGGUUGGGGGCUCAGAAAACUGCCUGAUUUGGCUUGAUUCAAAACCUUUGUGCUUCUGUUGUCUGUAAUGACAAUUCCCCCCCUGCUCUGUUGGUCUGAAAUGGAUUAUAUCUGCAGGGUCAGUAGUCAUGCAGGAAUAAAUCACAUUUCUCAAAUUUCAGACAAAUAGUUACAGAGCACUUCGUGUUAGGUGCCUUAAGUUUAGACCUUUUUUUUAAAAGAAAAGUACACUACUGAUAACAUUUUUACAUCUUGAGGACACUGGGUGAAAAUUUCAGGUGGGGAUUAAGCGUACCAAGAUUCAGAGGAACACGAGGAGGGAAUUUUGUGUAAGAGCAGCCGUUGUAGUUUAGGGGCUUCUGUAAAAGGGCAAGCUUAUUGAGACUGAGUUCUUUCUUUCUUUCUUUCUUUCUUUCUUUCUUUCUUUCUUUCUUUCAUGGCAAUCAUUAUGCGACUGACAUACAAAACAGAGG